AUGGCUAGAGAUGGCGAGGGAUAUGACUAGAUCGCGUCCACAGCUGCUGAUGUUCGGGUAGAUGAAUAGGGGCCUUAAAUCUAUAACCAAAGCGUUCGGAAAAUACAUUUUCAAAACAGAAAAAAAGAUAAUAAAAAAAAAAAGAAAAAUCGUGAAAAAAACAUACCAACGACAACAAAAAAGAUUGGAAAAACAGCGACCAGGAUUUAAGCGGAGCGCAGAACUUUUCGAAUGUGAGGACUUCUUUGGACACUAUUCCAUCAGAUCAGAUAGAUGAUUUGUCCACAAGCUUGCACGUAUAAUGAAUGCCCAGCUGUCGAUGGAGAACAUUGGCGAUCUGCACGGAGUGGGCCAUGAACCCGUGCACAGCACGGCGGAGCUGAUGAGCAGCGACAGCCCUCAUCACAGAAGCACGCUACCCCAUCGCAGCAACCUGUCAGCCCACGCACGUUCAAUGGGCAUGGCAACAAUCCUGGACAGCGGCGACUAUCAUCAUCACCACCGGCCCCCGGAGCACGGACUCGCCAGCCACCUGCACCCCGCCAUGAGCAUGGCGUGCGAGGCUCCCCCCGGCAUGAGCAUGAGCAGCACCUACACCACGCUGACUCCCCUGCAGCCGCUACCUCCCAUCUCGACCGUCUCGGACAAGUUCCCGCACCACCACCAUCACCAUCACCACCACCAUCCCCAUCAUCACCAGAGGAUCCCGGGCAACGUGAGCGGCAGCUUCACCCUGAUGCGGGACGAUAGGGGUCUGGCCUCAAUGAACAACCUUUACACUCCGUAUCACAAGGAUGUUACCAGCAUGGGACAGAGUUUGUCCCCCUUGUCAGGAUCCGGACUGGGUGGUAUCCACAAUUCACAACAAGGACUGCCGCCGUAUGCACACCCGGGUGCCGCCAUGCCCACCGAGAAAAUGCUCACACCUAACGGAUUUGAGGCACAUCACCCUGCCAUGCUAGCCCGACACGGCGAGCAGCACAUGUCUGCCUCCUCGGCGGGAAUGGUGCAGCUCAACGGGAUCCACCAUCAUCACCAUGCCCAUCUCAACGCUCAGAGCCACGGACAAGUGCUGGGUUCCGCCCGUGAACAAAACCAUUCCUCUGUGCCUGGUUCACAGGUCAACAAUGGAGGCAAUUCAGGGCAAAUGGAAGAAGUCAAUACCAAAGAAGUAGCCCAGCGGAUCACCACUGAGCUCAAACGGUACAGUAUCCCCCAGGCCAUAUUUGCCCAGAGAGUGCUGUGCCGAUCGCAGGGGACCCUAUCUGACCUGUUAAGGAACCCCAAGCCCUGGAGCAAGCUGAAGUCUGGCCGGGAGACUUUCCGAAGAAUGUGGAAAUGGUUGCAGGAGCCUGAGUUCCAAAGAAUGUCUGCGCUCAGGCUCGCAGGUGAGGGAUCCAUAGCAUGCAAGAGGAAAGAGCAGGAACAUGGAAAAGGAGAGCGGGGCAGCGUGUCCAAAAAGCCUCGGCUGGUCUUCACUGAUGUCCAGCGUCGGACUUUACAUGCAAUAUUCAAGGAGAACAAGCGCCCGUCCAAAGAGUUACAAAUCACCAUAUCGCAGCAGCUGGGGCUUGAACUGGCUACGGUCAGCAACUUCUUCAUGAAUGCACGCAGACGGAGCCUGGACAAAUGGCUGGACGAUGGCUCCAACUCCGGCAACUCCAAUUCCAGCACUUGUACCAAAGCAUGAAGGAGGAGUAGUGGCCACAGUGACUAAACCCAUCGGUGGAAAAGCUUUAACUAGAAUAAACCAAGUAAAACAACAAAAGAAACCCUCUAGACAGCAAUUUUGCCCUUAAAACUUGUACAAUACUGAUAUUUAUAAUACCCAAAGAAACAAAAACCAAAGACUUCUUUGACCUACGUUGAAGACUCUGUUCUGCAACACCUUCAUGUCUGAUAUACUGCAAACAAAACAAAGUGUUCCUCUCAAAUCACAGUGGUACCAUGAACCCCACACCUCUAUGGCACCCGGCCUCUCACUGUCACCAUCCUUCAGUGUGAUUGGUUCAAAGUGGACGUUUUUGUUUUUCUUCAGCUGUCUCGUGUCCCAGCUUGGACUCUCGCUCCGCCUCUGAGCGUUUGUUGUUUUGAUUCUGUUGCUGUCAGACGGGAGGUGUGCGGGCCGUCACAAGGAGAGGAACACUGUGGUGGGGAGCGGCAGGUAGGCUCCAGGAAGGCUCGUCGGUGCGCUGAAGCUGAGGCACAACGCUGGAGCUGUCUGUAGUCGCUUAUCUGUGCCCUUUUGUAAGCCCUGUCCUUCCAGAACUCUGACAGCAGCUCCUAGAGGCCUGGAGGAUUCUGACAGGAUGGGGUAUAAUCAUUGCAGAGGAUGUUUUGAAUGUCACCCUCAACAUAGUGCUUUCUUCCUACUUGUAGGCACAUACUUCGACCCACUGUUGCUAAAUCACACCAAUCAUUUGUGAUAAUAUAACCAAAGAGAACGAAUAUGUAUUUUCAGGAAAUAUUCCUAAGAAUAUUUUUGACAGCCAAAUACCCUAAAACAUUUCUGGGUCUCCAAUGUGACUGUUGAUAACUAUGUGAUGUCCUUGCAAAAUGUGUAGACAACCAAAUGCCAAUCACUAAGCAAAACCAAAUAUUAUUAUUCAUUCCUAUGGGACCAUGUAUUUCCAAAGUAAUAUUACAGAAUGACAAGCUCACCCCGAUAAUCAACCAAACCACACGCAAGUAUAUGUAUACAGUAUAUAUAUAUAUAUACUCAACCAUUACAUAUACUCCCCCUUGAUAUCUAAUUAUUUUGUAAACAAGUGUUGAUAAGGCUCUGCUUGUUGUACAUUUGGUAUGUUCAUGUUACCCAUGUUCAUGUAACAUGUUCAGGGAGAAUCUUCUUAACUUUGACGCAUACUGUCUAUGUGUUGCUUAAACAUGCCAGCGGCUAACCACCAAAGAUUCAAUAUAACCAGUAUUGAUCAUCUCUCUCUAAUGUGUAAUAUGAUCACUUUAGCCAAUGCAAGCAUCUGCGACCAUUUAUGGCACAUUAAGAAUAAUUACGAUGAACCUGAAUAAUUGCAAACACAGUGUAUCUUGUAAUACAAACAGUUUAAAAAUUAGCCAUUCAAAAUAAUCUCAUUAGAGUAGCGUGGAUUCAGAGAAAUGAGCCUGAAUGUUUGAACCCUUACAAGGAGUCAGCAUAAUGUCCCAUAAAGUCCCAGCAGCUCUGCUCUCCUGCUGCUGUGGCCCAGUCAAACUAAGCCAUGUUUGCAUUUGGUCGACAGAUGUGCCUUCCUAAACAAAGAUCCCAGAUCUCAGUAACUGACACUCAGUCACUGGCAGAGGCUCCAGUACCCUUUUAUAGUGAGCAGAGGUCAAAAUAGUGAAUCUAAGUCAUGCAGUGUUUAUGCCCUUUUGCCAGGAAACUCUGUUUAAGAAAAAGAAAUCAAUCCCCAUAUUGGCACUUGGAUUGUACCUUCCUGAGUGUAUGUUCCAUUCAGUAUGUUCAAUAUCAUGUUCAGAAACACACAAGCGUAAGCUAUGUCAUGAUGUUUGAUCGCUCUCUAAACCCCCAGUCAACCAAGAUCAUCUAGUUUAUGGAUGUAUUCCAAUCAUGUCCCAACUAGGAAGAAAGCACUAACAAGUCUGUUCAGAGUGGAUGUUAAGCAUUCCGUUUCUGAUAGACUUGUUUGAAGGAUGACACUGAUAAAUGUUAAACCAGUUUCCUGGCCUUGUUGUCUCUGGUUGUGUGGUUGAUAUCCUACCAAAAAGAAAAUGUAAUGGGUAACUGUUUGUGUGAGUUGCAGAAAUGUACUUGUAUGAUGAACAUGAAGUGAAGGUAACAACUUCCUCCUGAGAGAAACACAAAAAAUGACAAAAUGUUGGGAAAAGGCUAAACUUGCUAAGACCUACUGAAAUUUCUAAGUGUGAACCAAAGAUGCUACCUCACUCAGUUUCCAUGUUGUGAUUUCUAUCACUUUAAUGAUACCAAAGAUUACCAAAGAUUUUUUCUCUUUGCACGGCCUACAUGAAUGAUGUGGUGGA